GCGUUGUUUUUUAUCCAUCUAGCUUGGUAUUUCAACAAAAGUCAGUAGCAAACAGAGUAGUUCUUUCCAACUUGUAUCUCAAAGUACUGUUUCGAAUUGCAAUUAAGAAAUAUAAAUAUGUGGAUUGGAUUGCUUUUGUUUUUCGUGCUAGUGUUCACUUUGUAUCUUGUAAGGCAGAAUACUUGUACUGGAAACAAAGCCAAUCUUUCAUAUUCUCCCGUGUGUAAAGGUUUACCUCUCCUUGGUAGUGCUUUGGAGUUUGGAAAAAAUCCCCUCAAGUUUCUACAAGAAUGCAGAAAGCAAUAUGGAGACGUCUUUACGGUGUUAUUACCUGGAAGAAGAAUGACAUUCAUCUUCGCUCCAACUCAAGAACUACGAAAAAUUUUCUUCAAUGGAUCUCCUAAUCUCAUAAGCUUCACUGCUGGUGUGGAACCUCUUACUUGUCGCAUAUUUGGAAUUUCUAAAAAAGGCUUUUCAAUGGCGCAUCGUUCACUAUUAACUACACUUCGAAGUGAAUUAGGUGCAAAGCAUAUACCGCAGUUAGCACAUAGACUGAUCAAUCGCUAUUUGUUUACCUUUCGUACCGUUUGGGGAAAGGAGGAUGAAAAAGAGGCUUCCAAUCUGUUGACAGAAACUCUUUCCGAUGCCUCGCUUCGAGUCAUCUUUGGUGAUGAAUUUGCAAAUGCUUCACCUUCUCUUUUCAAGGACUUUGUUGAUUUUGAUGAGUGGUUUGAACUUGCAGCAACUCCUCUGUUGCCUCAUUUUCUGUUGAGACCAUUUGUAAAGUCAAGAAGAAAGCUGCUAGACACUAUUUCCCAAAAUUGGAAGUACACGAAGAACGCACCUAUCCACAAGUUAACGGAAGCUUAUGGAAACGACGGCAAUGUUCCUAGUUUAUUAUUAUCAGCCUUAUGGGCAACUUGGUCGAAUGUGUCCCCCACUUCCUUUUGGACGUUGACUCAUAUUCUAGCGGACGAAAAGGCAAAGGUCAAAGUGCUUGCAGAAGUAGAAAAAAGUUGCCCACUGUUAUUAUCAUCGAAAACAGAGCUUUCGUUGGAGUGGAUUUUCAGCAAUUUGCCCUUUACAGCUUACUGUGUUUCGGAGACACUGAGGCUUUAUGCUUCUGUAGUGGACAUUCGAAAGGUAGUAGAAAACUUGGAGUUUCGUGAGUUUAUCAUAAGAAAGGGAGAUUAUUUGUGUAUCUCUCCUGCUGUCUCACAUCGUGAAACUACACUUUUUCCACAAAGCGAAGACUUUAUUCCUGACCGUUUUCAGAAGCAAGGAACGCAUCCAAACGCAGUGUUUGAUAAGGACCUUCUUACAUUUGGAGGUGGAUUUUACAAGUGCCCUGGUCAAUCAUUUGCUAUGGUUGAAAUUGUAUUACUUAUUGCUUUGGUAUUUUAUUUGUAUGAUAUACAACUUGUAGACCGCGUUCCAAAGAUGAAAGAAUCGCAAUCAGUUGGAAUCAAGAAGCCUUCUUGUUCAUGUCGUAUUCAUUAUUUAUGGAAAAGAAGGUUAGCAGGAAUGGAGGAAAUCUAAUCUUUUUAGGAACUAUUGAAAUUGGCUUUCUUGUAAUUGUAAUAAAGAUUUCAAGUUCCUU